GCAGCCCCCCACCCCCCACCCCGCUUUGCUCAGCGGUGCUCACGCCUGCUGGGCGUGGGGCGCGGGCCGGGUGCUGCGCGGGCCUCCGGGGCUCCGGGGCUCUCGCUCCAGCUGCCGCUGCGGAUAUGUCGGGUCCGCGCGCGGGAUUCUACCGGCAGGAGCUGAACAAAACAGUAUGGGAGGUGCCGCAGCGGCUGCAGGGCCUACGCCCGGUGGGCUCCGGCGCCUACGGCUCGGUCUGCUCGGCCUACGACGCGCGUCUGCGCCAGAAGGUGGCUGUGAAGAAGCUGUCUCGCCCUUUCCAAUCCCUGAUCCACGCGAGGAGGACCUACCGCGAGCUGCGCCUCCUCAAACACCUGAAGCACGAGAACGUCAUAGGGCUUCUGGACGUCUUCACGCCGGCCACGUCCAUCGAGGAUUUCAGCGAAGUGUACCUGGUGACCACCCUGAUGGGCGCUGACCUGAAUAACAUCGUCAAGUGCCAGGCACUAAGCGAUGAGCAUGUUCAGUUCCUCGUCUACCAGCUGCUGCGUGGGCUGAAGUAUAUCCACUCGGCAGGCAUCAUCCACCGGGACCUGAAGCCCAGCAAUGUGGCGGUGAAUGAGGACUGCGAGCUUAGGAUCCUGGACUUCGGGCUAGCGCGCCAGGCUGAUGAGGAGAUGACUGGGUAUGUGGCCACACGUUGGUACCGGGCGCCAGAGAUCAUGCUGAACUGGAUGCACUACAACCAGACAGUGGACAUCUGGUCUGUGGGAUGCAUCAUGGCUGAGCUUCUCCAAGGAAAGGCCCUCUUUCCGGGCAACGACUACAUCGACCAGCUGAAGCGAAUCAUGGAGGUGGUGGGCACACCCAGCCCUGAGGUUCUGGCAAAGAUAUCCUCGGAGCAUGCCCGGACAUACAUCCAGUCUCUGCCCCCCAUGCCCCAGAAGGACCUCAGCAGUGUCUUCCAUGGAGCCAACCCUCUGGCUGUAGACCUCCUUGGAAGGAUGCUGGUGCUAGACAGUGACCAAAGGGUCAGUGCAGCUGAAGCCUUGGCCCAUGCAUACUUCAGCCAGUACCAUGAUCCUGACGAUGAGCCAGAGGCUGAACCCUAUGAUGAAAGUGUUGAGGCCAAGGAGCGGACACUGGAGGAGUGGAAGGAGCUUACUUACCAGGAAGUCCUUAGCUUCAAGCCCCUGGAGCCAUCACAGCUGCCUGGCACCCAUGAGAUUGAGCAGUGAGGCCUGAGGGGAAGCCUGGGCCUGCCCCCUUUUCUCAGCUUUCCAGUUUUCCUCAAGAGGUGCCUCUCAGGCAGCCCUGACACGUAACCUGGGACCCUUUGCCUUGAGAAAACUCUACACAUCUAACACACAUGAAUGCACGAAUGUGUACAUAUGCCUGCCAUUAUGUGUUGGAGUCCAGGCAGUAGUGUUUCUGGGCCUACCUUGGUCCACCCAGGUUCUCCUUGGGACCUCUGUGAGGGAUCUGAAUGUGUCCCUGUCUGGAAUCUCUUCUGCUCUGAAGACUCUGGAUUGGGAGAAAGGCAAAUGGGCCAUGCCCCCCCCCCCCCAAGACUCUGAGGGGAUGGGAGUCACAGUGGUUGGAGCAGCUCAACCUGGAAGUGAGUGGCUCAAAGCUGAGGCAGGGCCAGUGCCCACCACCCAAAUGAGUGGAGUUUCCUCUGGGGGUGGCAAGGCAGAGACCAUCACCAGGUAUCUAAUCAGAAAAGCCAGCUGCAGCUUUGUGUUUACCUGUGAUAUGUGGACAAAUGGGCAUGAGUGUAUGUUCCUGGUGUACACAUCAGAGCAUAUGCAGGCAGGUGCUGGUGUGUAUGAAUCUGUGAGCAUCCAAAGGUCAGCAACCAUUUCUGGUAGGGCACCUAAGAUGGAGACACUCUUGCCUUCUCUUCCCCAAGUUCCUGUUACCUAAUGGGUCUUGAGACCCAGUUGUGAACUAGAUAGACUAAGGCUCGGAGAGGUGCCAAGAUCCAUUCGUUUGAGCCCAAACCAGGACUUUUCUGCUAGGGUGUUGGAGCUGCUGCAGGAUCCUGGGGCACAAGGACACAAUGCCUGCUGGGAAGCUGAUGAAGGAGGGGGUCUAAUCUCAAGGAUGCUAGGUGGACAGCACCCAUGAAUAUGAACUUAGACAGUCUUGCUCCUGGACCUUGAUUCAAAGCUGACAAACGUCUGUCCACAUUCUACCUCCACCUACCCUUGUACCUCUGCAGCUGGUCUGGGGUGCUGUGGUCUGUGAGGCAUCCCUCAUCUCCCCUUUCCCCAGAGAGGAGCUGACCAAGUAACUUUGGAGGUAGGGCGCUGUUGGAAGGUGGGCUGGCAGUGUGGCUCCUCCCCGAAGAGAUGAUGAACUUCUGCUAUCAGGGAUCAGGGGGCUCUGGAUGUCAAGUGCCUGCACUUAGUGUGCACAAUAAAGGGGUUUCCCUGUUGCUCUC